UUCUCAAACACACAUAUCUCUCUCUCUCUCUCUCUCUCUCUCUCUCUCUCUCUCUCUCUCUCUCUCCCUCCUCCCCUCUUAUCUUACCUAUUUCUGAAAAUAUGCCGUGCUUGUUAUGCUGUACUCCUUCUGUAUCUUAUGAUCAUGUUUUUAAGUUUAGUCAGCAAGUUAUGUGUACUUAUCCUUCUUGUUUGUUAACUCUCUGUUUCUUGAUACGUUUUAAUUUCCUUGAUAAUAUUAUUGUCAAACCCUGCUAUAUAUGAAUUCAUGUAUCUCUAUAUUUCAUGCCCAUUGAUCUUAGAAUUUCCUCUAUAAAUUGUAUAAUGGGUCCAUAGUUGUUUUAAAGGUCUCAUCUUUGUAGGAUUCUUAAGGGCUUCUUGUGUUUGGAUGGAUGCCCAUUUGUUUAAACUUGUUUUAAACCUCUAUAAUUACUAUUUGACAAAUGGGUGCCGUGCUAUUAUAUUUGUUUGGCUGUAUGUUUCUUGAACUCUCUAUCCCUUGAAGUUUUGAAACCUGGCAGACAUAGUGUUAGAUCACCUAAUUGAUUAGUAGACUACUUGGUUCCAGGUGUUUGCCUUUUGCAUAUGUAAAUUACAAAAAAAGAAUUAAUGGAGGUGAAGUGAUGGAUCUGAAGUGUUUUAAAAUUAAUUGUUGAUAUUUUAAUUGGAAAAGAAAGUUAUAUUCUUUCGUUAGGCUCGGUUUUUAAUCACCGAUAAAUACAAUUGUUAGUAUCAGCCUAGUCAUGGUACAGAUUGAAGUUGGAAGAAACCAAUCUUUUCCUGAUUCACAAUCAUUAAAAAAUAUACCUGUCAUUUUUUAUGACAGUAUAGGUAUAAUAUUAAGUGUCGUGAACAUUCAAGAAAUUUUGUCUCGAACUUGCAAGUUCUAAUCAAUGGCCACCACUGAAUCCAUUUAUACUUUGGAAAUAAUGAUCGAGCUAUCUAUGUCUCUGGGUACUGUCCAUUCGAAAACAUUGAGUUGAGCCUUCAAGUCUACCAUUUGUAUCCAUCUUAUAUUUGGAGUAGUGUCAUCGAUUCGAAAGGUGUAAAGAUAUAAGAGAUACCAUAUUUCAUUUGGCUUAAUUUGUAUUUAUAGAUCUAUAUAUAUAUAUAUAGAGAGAGAGAGAAUGAAGAAACAUUUUUCCCAUUCGGCGGGAUCCAGAAUGCUAUUUGAUGGAAUCAAGAAGGAUAUUUGAAAUACGCUGUUAUGCUACAAAGAAGACUAGACUGGUGGCAUUGGCGCAGGUAUCAGAUGUUCGUGGUGCCCAGGACUAUAAUGGCAGUCAUGACAGAAGAGGAGCCCAACGUGUUAUGAGAGCCGAGGAACCAAGUGAUUGUUGUCCCUGUGGUGAGAUUCUUUGUUUUAACAAUAGAAGUGAGGUUACCAUUCCCAUUGAUGAUCACAACGUUAUGGGUAGUGGAGGCUCAGACGCAGCGAUGGCAGAACCCCAGUUGGUGGGAGUCAGGGGACCUGAGGGUCCUCGACCUCCAAAUGCCAGUUGUACUUUGUUUGUAGAUGGCUUACCUCAAGAUUGCUCUCGCAGGGAAGUAGCUCAUAUAUUUCGCCCCUUUCUAGGUUACAAAGGCGUUAGCUUUGUUCCCAGAGCGUCAAGAAACUCUAAUGGUGACCCGUUGGUGUACUGUUUUGUCGAUUUUGAGAGCCCAGGUUACGCAGCCAGUGCUCUGGAUUGCCUACAAGGUUAUGAAUUUGACGAGCAGGACCAAGGCGAUGUUAGAUUAAGGCUGGGUUAUGCUUACUUUCUUGAAUGCCCUGGUGCAACGUCAGUUGAAGAGUAUCGCGGAAGGAGUUGAAGUAUGCAAUUUGACAGGUGAUGUAUACCAUCUCCACGUGCCCACUCUAGUCGGGGAGAAGUACUAUUAUGAGCAAGGUCACAGCAACUUGGCGAGUUUCUGGUGGGUUUGUAAUAUCUGAGAGAUGACUUGAACACCCUUUUCAUCUUUCUUUUAUUCUCUCCUUCUUUAAUCUCUUUCUUUGGUUAUAUUCCAAUACAUUGUCAGAUUGUGUAAAAUGUUGUUACUGGAAGUGUCUUUCUGGUGUUUCGGCGUGGGAUUUCUUAACGUGCAUUGGCAAAAAUUUAAAUCUAUACUUUUUAAGGUUUUUUCUAGUUUA